UGAGAGGUAUAGAAAUACAGGGUCCAAUUCAACGAAAAGAAAUAAUCUAUUACCGGAAAUUCCCCGCCUCGGCUCUAAAACCCUAGCCUUCUUCUCUUUAUCACCUCCCUCUUAAAACCCUUUGCUCCAUAACUCCUCUGCUUCUUCUCGAGAUACUGUAACAGAGAUGAAGGUUCCAAAGAAGAGUAGCCUUCAGAAAAAACUGCAGAAAGGUGUAAAGAAAGAAGAAACAGAUAACUUAUUGGAAAAGCAGAAAAUUGAAGAGACGGUAGAAACAAGCAAAGAAGAAGAAGAAGAAGAAGAAGAAGCAGCAGCAGCAGAAGAAGAAGAAAAUUCCGUAGAAUCUCCUGUUGUCUCUGACGCUGAUGACGAGGUUUUCUCUGAUGAUGAUGGAUCACUAAGUGAAUCUGGAUCAGAAGAUAGUCAUCUAUCUGGGGAAGAGGAUGUUUUUGUAUCAAGUGAUGGCGAAGAUUCUUUUGAUGCCAAAAGUGACAAUGUCAGUGGUAAUGGUGCAAGUGGCAGUGGUAGAGAUGAUGUUGAACAUGGGAAAGAUGAUGAUGAUGCUGGAAGCGAUGACUCCCGCACAGUAGUUGAAGAAAGUGAUUCAUCCGAAGAUGAGGUUGCUCCUCGUAAUACAGUUGGAGAUGUUCCAUUGGAGUGGUACAAAGACGAGGAACAUAUUGGAUAUGACCUUGCAGGGAAGAAGAUCAAGAAAAAAGAGAGACAAAACAAACUGGAUUCAUUUCUUGCCAGUGUUGAUGAUUCGAAGAAUUGGCGUAGAAUUUAUGAUGAAUAUAAUGAUGAAGAGGUUGAGCUCACGAAAGAUGAAGUUAAGCUGGUCAAAAGAUUGCUGAAAGGAAAGGCACCUCAUGCUGAUUUUGACCCAUAUGCGCCCUAUGUUGACUGGUUUUCCUGGGAUGAUUCGAAGCAUCCUCUUUCUAGUGCACCAGAACCAAAGAGACGUUUUAUCCCUUCAAAAUGGGAGAGUAAAAAGGUUGUCCAGUAUGUGCGAGCGAUUCGAAAGGGACUUAUAAAGUUUGACGAAAAGCCAAAGGAAGAGCCAAGUGCCUAUCUCUUAUGGGGAGAUGAUUCCACUGCAAUAGAUAGACAGGGGUUGGCAUAUAUUCCUGCUCCAAAACCGAAAUUGCCUGGUCAUGAUGAGUCUUAUAACCCUUCUUUAGAAUAUAUUCCUACACAAGAGGAUCUCAACUCAUAUCAGCUUAUGUUUGAGGAAGACCGACCAAAGUUUAUCCCAAAACGGUUCACAUCGCUGAGAAAUGUUCCAGCAUAUGAGAAAGCUGUCAAGGAAAAUUUUGAACGCUGUAUGGAUCUUUAUUUAUGUGCAAGAGUUCGGAAAAAACGUAUUAAUAUUGAUCCCGAGUCUUUAAAGCCCAAGUUGCCAAGUAGGAAGGAUCUCAGACCUUAUCCAACGUCGUGUUAUCUGGAGUACAAAGGUCAUAAAGGUCCAGUUGUGUCAAUUUCUACAGACUCUACUGGGCAGUGGAUUGCUUCUGGUUCAAGUGAUGGGACAGUGCGCAUUUGGGAGGUUGAAACUGGAAGGUGUAUAAGGAUCUGGGAGCUGGGGGAAUCCGUCCGGCAUGUUUCGUGGAAUCCUAUGCCUGAACGUCCUAUAUUGGCAGUCUGUAUGGGGGAAGAUGUAUAUAUUUUGAACAGUGGACUAGGCAAUGCAGAAGAACAGAAUAGUCUCGAAGAGCUUUUGAGUGUUGAAAUACCAUCAGCAGAUGACUCUGAUCAUGAUAAAACCAAUGUGAAUUGGGUUCAAGAUGAUAAGAAUGGAGGAAUCAGGUUGAAGCACUUUAAGACUGUUUCUUCAGUUGAGUGGCAUCGGAAGGGCGACUAUUUCUCAACUCUUAUGCCCUCUGGCCAAUCAAAAGCAGUUUUGAUUCACCUGCUCUCAAAGAAACAGACUCAAAGAAUACCAUUCAAGCUUCAUGGACUUCCAGUUUCAACUGCUUUCCAUCCUUCUCGCUCUGCCUUCUUUAUUUCGACGAAGAAAAAUAUUCGUGUUUAUGAUCUCUUGAAUCAAAAGCUCAUGAAGAAGCUAGAGACUGGUGUUCGUGAAGUCUCGUCUAUUGCUAUUCAUCCUGGUGGUGACAAUCUUAUUGUAGGGAGUAGAGAUGGAAAACUGUGCUGGUUUGACAUGGACCUUUCAUCUCAACCGUACAGAGUUCUCAAUUGCCAUUCGAAGGACAUCAACAAAGUGGCCUUUCAUCGCUCCUAUCCUUUGUUUGCUUCGUCUUCUGAUGAUUGUACUGCAUACGUUUUCCAUGGCAUGGUUUAUUCAGAUCUAAACCAGAAUCCGUUGAUUGUACCUCUGGAGAUUCUUCGUGGUCAUGCCAGUGAAAAUGGAAGAGGUGUCAUGGACUGCAAGUUCCAUCCUAGGCAACCAUGGUUGUUUACUGCAGGUGCUGACUCUGUGAUCAAGCUCUAUUGUCAUUAAGAAGAUUACUCCAAAGUGGAUUUGUUAAUCUGAGAAGAGCAUGACAGACAUUGCACUGUAUACAUUGCUGUGAGGAAAUUUGGGGAGUUGCCUGCUUGGGUGAAGGGAGGUUAAAGGUUUAUUAGGAGCAUCUCAAGCCAUCUCUUGUUCUUUCUCAGGUAGGAGUGGGAACAAUGAUUCCACAUAUAGAGACUACAGAAUUUGGCACUGUUUUGUUCGUAUGAUCAUGGUGGUCACCUCUCUUGUGUGGGUGUGUUUCGAUACAGAUUCCCCUUAGCAGGCUUUCUAAUGAGAGAAGAACUUGGUCCAAGUUAUUUUCGUAUCAUCAUUUUCUCUAGAGCUUAUGGGGCAUCUUGACGAAGUAGUGAGAGCACAACAGAGCCCCAUUAUUCUAUACUUUAAGCUGAGUUAUCACAUAUUCACAUUUUUGUUAUCUUGUACUUGUCAUUUAUGCAUGGAAGAGAUGCUAUUUCGGUACUAUUGGAAAUUACAGUGGAUCUUAAGAGUCAUCUCCACUGUUGGCCGUUUUUGGAAUGUUUUUUGACCUGAUACAGUGAAACUUUUUGGUGAUUACCUCUUCUAAAAUAGUAGUUGGUGUUUUGUUGGACAUUUUCUAACCUGUUUGGCUAGAAUAAUGAACUAACUCUUUUUAACAGUUCAAGAUGGUGAUAUACUUUCCAAA